UAAUAUAAUACCAUAAUCACAAUCAUUAACUAUGUGCCCAAUAUUUAUUCACUACCAUAAUGGGAUGGUUAAUAAUUAAUAAAUGUAUUAGAGGCACAUGGGAGCACCCUAAAACUAUAAUUGGCCCAUUAAAUUAUAGUCCACCAUUAAUUAUACUCAUUACCCCAAUAAGCCUAAUAUAACCCCUUAGGGUUAAGUGUUGUAUAUAAAAAGGGUAAUAUGUGUUUAGUAUGAGUUAAGAGAGGGUGUGUGGUGAAAAGAAAGGGGUUUGCUCUCAUAGGUUCUCUUCUACCAAUUUGGUGUUUUUCACAUUGAAGGUGUUGGUGUCUUAGCAACAAUGGAGAAUAGCAAUAUGGGAGCUUUAAGCGUUCCAAGAAACUCUGCCAUGUUGACGCUAAAUGGAACCAACCACAAGCAGUGGGUUGAAUCCCUCAUGCUAAAUUUGACUCUCAUGAGAGUGGACUUGGCCUUGAGAGUGGAUGCACCGCCUAAACCCGCUGAUGAUGCCACUGAAAAGGACAAGAAGUCCUAUGAGGAUUGGGAGCAUUCCAAUCGUUGUUGUUUGAUGCUUAUGAGGUAUCACAUGGAUGAGUCCAUUCGUGAUAGUAUUCCUCAAACUGAAAAUGCAAAAGAUUUUCUUGCUGCCAUUAAGGAAAAGUAUAAGAAGUUCUCAAAGAAUGAGAAAAAUGAGUGCUUAACUUUGUUCCAUCGCAUUAAUUACACUGAUACGGGUGACAUUAGAGCUCACAUUGACAAGCUCAUGGGUUGUUACCAAAAGCUUAAAGGCAUGGGAUUGGAUCUUGGUGAGGAUUACAUGGUGUGGUUUGUAAUGGAAACCAUUCCUUCUCAAUUUGAUUCGAUCAGAUCAAGCUACAAUGCUCAAAAGGAGCAGUGGACCAUUGAGGAGAUGACUGCUAUUCUUGCCAAAGAAGAAGAGGACAUGAAAAAGGGGAGAGCAAGAAGUAUCUCCAUGGUAACCAAUCCAAACAAUUCUCACAAGAGAAAGUUCACUCCCAACAACUCUAGUGACCAAAGGUUUCAUAAGAAGAAAGCCACCAAUCCUAAGGGAAAUGGACAAGCAAGCUCUUCUUCAACUGGUCAUAAGAAUGAGUUUUUCAAAGGAAAGUGCAACUUUUGUCAAUGCUUCGGGCAUAAGAAAGCUGAUUGCCGAAAGCUCAAAGCUCACUUAGAGAAGAAAGGUAAUUGUCUUGUGAUGGUUUGUUUGGAAUCCAAUAUUAUUGAUGUGCCCUCAAACACUUGGUGGUUAGAUGCGGUGCUACAAUUCAUGUUACGAAUUCUUUGCGAGCGGUGA